AUGUCGGGACACUUAACUAAAACUCCUCUUCUCACCAUCAAACUUGAUGGUCUCAGAUUUCCGCCAUUUGUCUGCUCGCCUCGGCAAAGUCGACUCAGCAAGGAUGUUCCGCUGCACUCAACCCGCUUCUACGAUAGCGGAAGAGCGAAGACAGAGGCGAAUACAUCUUGCCCUGUGUGUCGCCAUGGCGACCGGACUCCGCCGCCGGUCUGCCCUACAGACAGAAGAAGGCCAAUUAGGCGAGUCUAUUUGGCCAGAAUUGGUUCCCUGUUACGAGGCCCUGCGGCAAGGCUGGUGGUCGACAGGGACGAUUCGAGGUGGCGUGGUGGCUGUACUUUUGAUGAAUUGGCGCGGCUGCGAGUCCCGCCUUUCGUCCGCGUACCCUCGGCACCGUUGCAGGCUGGCGAAAAGUGCACAAUCCGUUCGCUGUUGCCACCUGAUAAGUUUUCGUUUCUCAUUCCUCCCUCUACGACCUUGCGCCUAGCGACCGGUUUACACGUACGGCGGUACCGUAAACUAGAUCAUACCCCUCUUCCCACUGUCACACACACACAUACACAUACACACCAACAAAACCCCAGAGGCGGGCUGAACUCGAUCGCGAAUCCCAAACCUGGGACGCGUCUGCCGAACAAAAUUUCAACCUCGCCUGAGUCCGAGCAGCCGCCCUCAAAACUUCCGCCAACCGGCACUGGCUUGGCCCCUCCUCGUUUCCGGAUCGCCGAUGGUGACGGUCCGUCUCGAGUGCCUUCAACUCAAUCUGGCCUACGCGACGAACACGAAAGCAGAAGGAGCGAGAGACGAAGAGACAAAGAGAGAAGAAGAUAA